AUGACCAUCCAUGUCGCCCUUGAGUCGCUGAACGCGUUCUUCGACUACACGAACCCAAGUCACCCAUGGCAAGUUGACUGUCAGCUCCAUCCCGAAGACCCUUUCUUCUUCAGCAUGGAAGGAUUUGACCCUCCUGCCCCGGUCUCCAAGGGAGCUCCACUGGAAACCCGUAUCUACUGCCUGUGGGCGAGCUUCCGUGGUGAUGGUCUCAUGCCAGAUCUUGGCUUCGCACUUUGGGAGCGACGGUUCUGGAUUCUCGCUACCGCUGUCGAAAAGGGGUUCACAGCUGAAGAAGCGGAACCCAACUGCGACAAGGAUAUCAUCAAGACUAAGAGGGCCAGAUUUCGAGUCCUGAUGGGUGGACGGAGCGCUCGGGCAGACCGCCUCCGGAAUAUGUACCAGCUGCAGUACUUGAAGUGGAGUUUGGAGUCUGCAACGACCUCUCAACGCUCGCCCAUCUGUCCAGAGAUGAUCAUCGAGCCUUCCGUUCCCUGGUAUUCGGUGGACAACUUGCCGUUCAUGCCCAAGACAACCGACUGGCUCGAGGUCGUUCCUGCACUGGUGGACCGACAGCCAUGGCGCGCGAACUGGGUGUACCGACCGUUUGAUCACCCGUUCAACACAACCUACGUGCCAUGCAAUCAUGAGGGUCGGAUCUUCUGCCCCCGCGGUGUUGAUGCCGCGAUCUGCCUGGGGAUUCGACUGCGGCUGCGUCGACAGUAG